UGGAGAGAUCGGUUAGUGUUUGAGUGGUCCUCGUCCUGUGAUUGAGGUCUAAUCAAUGUGCUGGUGCUAGAUCUAGCGAAGCUGCUGCAGGAAAGGCAGAAGGAGGCCUCGAUCUCGUCUGGGUGGCGUAUUAUUUCAAGCAGGUGUGUGGACACGAACCUACUGCAGCAUACAACUCAUGCACUGUGCCCCGGCUCCAGAUGCUCCAAGCCGUACAAGUCAUCCACGAGGAGAAGAUCGUCCACUCCGACCUCAAGCCCGCCAACUUCGUGCUCGUCAAGGGCCAGUUGAAGCUGAUCGACUUCGGAAUCGCCAACGCGAUCGCGAACGACACGACGAACAUCCAGCGGGACCACCAGGUCGGGACUGUCAAUUACAUGUCUCCCGAGGCGAUCGAGCUCCCUGAGGGCAUGCGCCGCCUCAAGGUCGGCCGGCCCAGCGAUGUCUGGAGUCUCGGCUGCAUCCUCUACCAGAUGGUCUACGGCUACCCGCCGUUCCAUCAUCUGGACCUGUACCAGAAGAUGCGCGCGAUCCCGGACCGCGACCACAGCAUUGAGUUUCCGGAGUACUCGACACCGGUGUCGUUGCGCAGUGGCUCGAACUCGCCCUCGUCGCAGAAGAGGAUGGAGGAGAUGAAGGUGAAGGUUCCACGCAGCGUGAUCGCGACCAUGAAGCAGUGCCUCGUGCGGAACCCGAAGGAGCGGAUCACGAUCCCGGAGCUGCUGGAGGAGAGCUGGUUGACGAUGUGCGAACCAAACCCACUUCCGGCUCCUACGCCGCCUCCGCCCGCCCGUCCAGUGAUAGCUCAAGAUGAAGCGCUUAUCAACCCUCAUUUCAUGCAACAGCUGCUUCGCUAUGGGUUGCACCUCGGCCGCGCGGGCACCGUGAUGGAGGGGGAGCAGCUUGCCAACGAGUGCAAGGUAUGAGUAUACGGAGCGCUUGUGCGACGGUCGUUCACUGACGGGCUCUGCGAUUCUUCACAGCGCUUGAUCGAAG